AUGCUGACGGGGAUGGGCGAGCUGGCGAGGCUGCACGUUGAGGCGGGGGAUUAUGCAGCUGCGGAGCCGCUAGUGAGGGAGAUGCAGGGGGCGGCGGAGGCGGAUUCGGAGCCCGCGCAGCUGGCGAGUUACCUCUUGGGGCGGGUGUGCGAGGAGACGGACCGCGGGGGUGAGGCGGUGGAUCACUACCGGGCGGCGGCCGAGUCGACGCGGCGGGUGUUGGGGGAUGCGGAUGAGACGACGCUGGUGUACGUGGGGGAUCUGGUGCGGGCGUUGGUCGCGGAGGGGGUCAUGACGGAGGCGUUCGAGCUGGCAGCGGACCUGCUUAAGCGGCGGAGGGAGACCCGCGGCGAGUACCACGGGGAGACGGUCGAGACCAAGAAAGACCUCAUCUUCAUCUACCCUGCGCUGGGGUUCUGGCCCGAGGCGGAGCGCGUGCAGCGGGACGUGCUGCGGUUUACGGAGACAAAACAUGCUGAUCAGGUGGAGGAUGUGUGCAUCCUGCUCGAGGCGCUGGUUGAGUCGUGCGGCAAGCAGGGCUGGACGACCGAGGCCGAGGGGUUCGGUCGGCGGGCCAUGGACUUGCGGCUUGCGAGGGAGGGCAUCGAGGACGAGGCCACGCUGCGUAGCAUCGUAAACCUGGCGCGCGUUCUCGUCGACCAUGGCAAGACAGACGAGGCAGAGGGGAUGCUCGACCUCGUGCAGGACACAUGCCAGCACGUCUUCGACGACGGCGACGAUGCACGCGAUAUCGCCCUUCCAGCGCGGGCCUAUCUCCUUUUCAAGCAGGGCCGGCUGGACGAAGCCGUUACCCUCCAGCAGAACGUAGUUGUAAACAACCGGGACAACCUCGAGGCCAUCCUCUUCCUCGUACAACUGCACGAAAAACUUCGCGACUAUGAAUCGGCGCGCAGGGUUCUGCGCAAAGCCACCUCAGUUACCUUUUCCGAGUCGAGCGCAGCCAGUGGGGAGCUCGAAAAGAGUGGACUGGUCAGAACAUUUAUCCAAAGUGUCCGGCUCAAGACCGCCACGGAGGAUGUUGGCGAUGCCGUCGGCAUGGGGAGGAUGGCCUUGGCGCGGACCGAGGCGUGGUGUCGGCUGAACUAUGCGCACGGGGAGCUCCAUCUGGAGUGUCUGCAGGCGAUGGAGGCGUUGUAUGAAACGCUGGGUGAGGAAGAAGAGGUGCUUCAGAUGAGGUUGAAGGUGAGUUGGCUCUUGUUGUCAAAUCCGACGGCUUCUGCCAUGCGUGUGAGUGGUAACUAA